AUGGACUCGUCGUUGUUAUCAGCUCACCUCGAGCAAAUACAAAGCUCCUGUCAGGGAAUCGAUGCCCUUCCUUUCCCGCCUCCCAAGAUCUUCACCAACGCUCUGCUAUCAAAUCACGACAUCACAGCCUUGAUUCGAGAUACCGAGGCCCACGAACGCGCUCUGUUUUCCGUACCGCCACCACCUCCUGCCACUGCCGCCGCGACCAAGCCCUCAAAAGCCGUCGAGAGCGAAAUCAAGCCCAAGAACCGCCGACAAACUGUCUUCAAUGUUGCUUCGGGAGAAGUAACGACUGGCCCGACAACCCGGGGUGCGCCUCAUCGCCGUACCGCAGUGGCCGCCGUUUUGGGCGGCGAGAUGCACGAUCAGCUGCGACGCGGGGAAACAGAUCGCAAAGGCGAUCUAGACGUCGAAAUCCUGCUCCGCGGCGCCGAGAAACUCUGCGGCGUGUACGAGUUGCCUGGAGCGCGCGAGAGGAUCACGGCAUUGCGGUCGAGAUAUCGGCAUGGGAAAAACACAAUGGCUUACUACGAGGCCAAGGUGGCGGAGCAGGCCGAGCAGCUGUCGAGCAUGAAUAAGAACUGGAUGGACCAGGGCGAUGACGCGAAGCAGGACCAAGAUGAGCCGCAAGACGUGGGUGGAGAUGCGUGGACGGAGGAGGAUUUGAAGAGGGAAGAGGAGGAGGCGAGGCAGAUGGAGGCGAAGAAGAGGGAGCUGCAAGCCAGGUUGAGGUCUAUGGAUAACGACCUCGGGGCGCUGAGAAAUAUGUACUCGUAG